CCGGAAUUGAACGAGUGUCUCGAUUGAAGAAGCACUAAUCAACAAAAAUUGAUCUAUUUGGGGUAAAUCGGGGUCAGACCAGACCGGACUGGGGCGAAUUUUUGUCCAACCCCGUGACCUAAGUAUCGCCGAAUGGAGCCGCAGUUUUUGUCCAACACCCGACUAAUUUGGGCUAACAUUUUCGACCCCUCCCCACCAAAAAUUGUCCAACAGGGGGGCUAACAUUUGGCGGGAAUUUCGCAGGUCCUAUAACCACUCGCGGGCACCGCCACCCGCCUGAACUACUUUCACACUACUCCACAAUGACCAACGAUGUUUUUUCUAGUUUCGGCGCCCUCGAUGAACUCAUACAGGUGAUAUACCAAGGCUUGGACAAGUUUAUCUUACUCUCCGACAUCUCUGAGGACAAAUGGCACAUUCAUCUCGGUCUUGCUGAGGACGGUCGCUGGUGGCACGGUAGCUGGAACGCGUCCGAUGUCGAGGCGAUUGUUGUGAAUACAUCAAGUGAAACGCUUCUUGAAAUCUUUGCCGACAAGCUCGCUCAGUGCAUCGUGCACGGAGAAUUGCAUGUUGAGACGGGUGACUGCUACAAGCUGACAAUUGGGCCAACAUCGAAAAAGCCCAUGUGCGUUGAGUUAGAGGAAAUGAGUGCUGAAGACGGUGCGAUAUACACGACGCAAGUUCUGCUCAAAAUAGGUCUCCAAGCGCAGUCUCGGCAGUCAAGACUGAACACGGCUGCUUUUGCUGCUCCAAUUCCUCCGCAAGUUGCCCCUCAGUCUUCGCCGGCACCCAAGAUCAAGGCUAGGAGAUCAAGUCCUAGCGUUACCACAGAACCCGCUCACGGGACGCACACGGAGUCUAAGCAGAGGACCGACUACAGCUCUUCCACGGCCCAUAGCAUUUCCCGCGUAAAACCAGAGCCCUCACAAGAGUCGAGUAAGAAAAAACGAUCAGCCCCUUCUCCGGAGCCAAGUUCUCGCAAACCCACACCGCCAGCCCGUCCGCUCAAAGGUGCAUCUCUCGCCAACCCCAACAAGAAGGCCAGGAAGCAUCAGGCCUUGCAAUUUGCGAGUGACGACGAAUCAUGCUGACGUUGAUUCUCGCUGUUUGCAACGUGUAAGUCGCAUAUUCGUUGCCUUGUACCUUCGCGUCCAUACGUAGAUCAGGCGUGCGUGUUAUGCAUUAUAGUAGGCGAACGUGGCGGCUGUCCUAAAACGGGGAGAACUCAACUUGACUCCUGACUCCAAAUUUAUCACACCACCGUACCUAGCGCUGCCAGCGAGAUUUCAUCAGAUCAAACUUAGCUAUAGCAUUUGAUCUCUCGUCUCUCUCUCUCCUACUUCCACCUACUAAGUACAUGGCUUCUACAGCAUUGCCUGCUGCGCAGACAAACGACCUUCUCCGCGAGAUCCUCGCCGUGGUCCAACAGAAUUCCUUGGACCUCGCCUCUGUGCGCCACGAAUGCGAGCAAUUGCGCCAAGCAAAUGCGAUUCUCGAGCUGAAACUGAAGGAUAACAUCCCGGGUCUGAAAAGCGGAACCCCUGGGUACAUGACGCCGCAACCUCCCUCUAGCCCACAACUCCGCGCCAAGUCACCCUUCCUCUCCAACGCCGUACCGCCCAUCGCCCAAUCUCAAGCCCACCAGCCCUCCCCUCUGGGCGACAGCGUCCUCGCCCCCCUGGGCACUGGGCAGCUGCGCGAGAUUCCGGGCUUCUACGUUGUCAUUCCCGCUGGAGGCGCUGGCACCCGACUUUGGCCGCUGUCGCGCGAAAACCACCCCAAAUUCCUGCUUGAUCUCACGCUGAAGGGCCGCUCGCUGAUCCAAGCGACCUGGGAUCGGCUCCUUCCCCUCACCUCCGCCUCGCGUACCACGAUCGUCGCAGGACCGACCCAUGUCGACGACAUCCACUCGCAGCUUCCGGAGCUCCUUGCGGAGAAUCUGUUCUGCGAGCCUGGCCCCAAAGAUUCCAUGGCUGCCAUUGGCCUAGCCGCUGCCGUCCUGGCGAAGCGAGACCCGACUGCCAUCAUCGGCUCCUUUGCCGCGGACCACAUGAUUGCCGGAGACGAUGCGUUCCUGACUGCAGUCGCAGAGGCGGUCGAAGUGGCCCGGCACAACUACCUCGUGACGAUUGGUAUCGCACCCUCCCACCCCUCGACGGGCUUCGGAUACAUCCGUCUCGGAGAAAAGCUCAACAUCAACGAAGCGCCGAACUCUCGACUUGUGUCCAGCUUUAAGGAGAAACCGGAUGCGCGCACCGCUGCAGCGUACAUCGCCACUGGUACCUACCGAUGGAAUGCCGGAAUGUUCGUGACUAAGGCAUCGUUCCUGUUGGAGCUGCUCAAAGAGUACAACCCGGACCUGCACAAGGGGUUGAUCGCCAUUGCUGAUGUGUGGGACGAUGCCUCGAAGCGCCAGUCGGUGCUGGACAGAGUGUGGCCCGGGUUGGUCAAGAUUCCGAUCGAUAAUGCGAUUGCCGAGCCUGCUGCAUUGACUGGCCGAGUUGCCGUUGUUCCUGCCACCUUUGGUUGGGACGAUGUCGGUGAUUUCUCCUCGCUUGCAGACUUGCUCCCGGCGGAGCUAAACCAGCCUCGUAUUCUGGGCGACCCGAACUCUGUGAUUACGGAGCAGGUCGCUGGAGGGAUAGUUGUCCCGCAGUCGGGACGGCUCGUUGCGUGUCUUGGAGUGGACGACCUGGUCAUUGUCGAUAUGCCGGACACUUUGCUCGUGACUACUCGUGCUCGGUCGCAGGAAGUGAAGCGUCUUGUUAGCAAAGUUCGUGACGCAGGCUGGAACGGGCUCCUUUGAAAUGGACAAAUUGAAUCACGUGGAAGCACAUUAUCAUAAUUAACCCCCCCUGGAACACUGCUACGUUAUUACAUAGAGAGAACAUGUACUAUACCAAUCAAUGGGAACCCGAGGCGUCGCGGAAAGAGACGCGGACAUGUGCGAGUCAGGUGAUAUCUUGAGGCUGACGACACCUGAUCUGAUGCUCUUCAGUCCGAGAUAGCAUGUCGUCUGAACGAGAGCCUCUGAAUAAUUCUGGGACAAGCUAUGGCGCAGUUGAGCCUGCGCCCGCGGUUUGUACUCGUGGUCUGCAACGAGGUCUCUCUGCCAGACAGGUCCAGAUGAUUGCUAUAGCGGGGACAAUAGGGACGGGCCUCUUUCUUGGAAGUGGAAAGUCGCUGGCCGAGGGCGGACCUGCAAGUAUGCUGAUCUGCUACACCCUCGUCGGGGCCAUCGUGUAUGUGACGCUCCUCCUGCUCGGAGAAAUGGCCACGCAGUACCCAGUCGCAGGCUCGUUCAAUGCUUACGCUGCGCGCUUCUUCUCCCCGUCGUACGCCUUCGCGUUGUCGUGGAACUACUGGUUCAACGAUGCGGUGUCGGUCGCGUCCGAUCUGAUCGCCGCGCAGCUCGUGCUCCGGUUCUGGACGUCGAGUUCGUAUACGUGGAUCGUCAGCGCUGCCUUCUGGCUCUUCCUGGUAGGCGUGAAUGCGAUACACGUCAAGGCUUAUGGGGAGCUGGAAUAUUGGUUAUCGUUCCUCAAGGUUGCGACUGUUGUGAUGUUCAUCAUCCUCGGGCUGCUCGUGAAUGUGGGCGUCAACGCGGAGCGGGAAGUUAUCGGGUUCAGCAACUGGAAGAUCCCCGGCGCACCCUUCGUUGGCGGCUUCGGUGGUUUUGCCAAGGUAUUUGUGACCGCCAGCUUUGCAUUUGGUGGGACGGAAAGCCUUGGAAUCACAGCUGGAGAGACAGCGAAUCCGACCAAAAAUAUGCCGCGUGUCGUCAAGUUCGUUUUCUGGAGGAUUAUCCUCUUCUAUCUCCUGAGUGUGCUGCUCAUCGGAUUGAAUGUUCCAUGGGAUUAUCCCAACUUAUCUGACAAGAGCACGGCGACAUCGCCAUUCACCAUCGUCUUCAAAGAAGCAGGCUCGAAAUUCGCGGCGUCCUUCAUGAACACCGUCAUCCUCACGUCCGUGCUCUCCGCAGGCAACCACGCGCUCUUUGCUGGGACGAGGGUCCUCUACGGGCUAGCUGUGACCGAACCGCCCCAGGCGCCGACCAUCUUCUCCUGGACGACGUCCCGCGGUGUCCCGCUGCCGGCGUUGCUCCUGACCAGCAGCGUCAGCGCGCUUUGCUUCGGAAGCAGCCGAGUCGGGAACGGGGUGCUCUGGGCAUGGCUCCAGAACCUCGUGGGUGUCUCCAAUCAGGUGCGUGGCUCGAAAGUUCCACUUGUUUCUUGGUUCCCGACACUAUCCCGAGAUCGCCUGGCUUUCAAUCGGUCUGGCGAGCUGGCGAUUCAGGAAAGCGUGGCUCAGCCAAGGGCGCUCGCUGUCGGAUCUGGGAUUCCACGCGAAAUGGACUUGGCCUUACGGCCCUCUCUUCGUGGUCAGACCCAGCCCCAUCCUCUUGAGCCGUUCAUCUCACAGACUCUCAUCUCAGAUCGUCACGGUCCUGAUUUUGAUCAUUGGUCUGGCCUUUCGUUCCGUAUACCCGCCGCCUUGUGCUUGCUGACAGUGAUGGAUCUAGUGCAAGGAUGGUCUUCCGUGAUUCCCCAGUUUUCGCUGGUCGACUUCGUGUCCUUCUACGUCGAGAUUCCACUGAUGGUGGCCAUGUAUCUGGUCUGGGCCUUCGCGUCUCGCAGAUCCCUGGCCGACUUGGUGGACGUGGACUGUGUCGACCUGGACAAGGACCAGUACGUCGACGACAAAAGCGACGACGAAGUCCCCGAGAGUCGCGGUUUCUGGCAGUCAAUGUAUUACUGGCUAGCAUGA